AAGGGUAUGCUACUUAAGUAGUCACUUUUUCAGUGUAUAGUUUUCGUAUGCAGCCGGAAAAAGUUCAUUUGAAAGCCUACAUCCUGAGAUAACUGGAUUAUUAUAGAAUUAUACUACAGACUGGCUAGUUUUACAACCCUACUUAAUUAAGCUUCUGGAAACGGGAACGCAUUUCGAAAUUUCGGCUGACAUUUCAUGAAUCAGCCCACCUUCUGUACGGUCGAUGUGGUCGAAUCUUCGUCGAAAUCGAAGGUCGAACUGCCGAGAUUGUCUGACAGAGCGUCCCCCUCACACAAAGGAUGCAAGGCAUUAGAAAGUGAUGAAUGAGCCAAAUGUCUGGCCUAGUAUCGGGUGAAGUGAGAGGUUAUCACUGGUUGAUUUUCAGACAAGUAGCAUUCUGCAUGUGAACUAGUUCCCGUCCAUACUGAAAGUGAUAAUGGGGCCCAACUUAAUCCCCUGCGUUUUACUCUUCGCGUUAAAACUCGCACAUCCGCAAGUCGUUCUAGCUCGAAAAAAUGGCGUUAAUGAGAUGGGGGAAAGAAGUGCUGUUGAAAAUAGCAACGUGAACUAAUCAUCCACCAAAAUUGUCCGGUGUGGAUCAGGCCGUUCCCGCUCUGUUUGUGUAAGUGAAAAUAGAAACCUUUAUACGGAGGACCUGAGUUUGUCAGUUGUCUAUCUACGGUCAUUGGUGCUGGGUGGUCGCAGGCAGUGUGGCCGAUUACCGAUACAUGCGAAGUGUGGCGGAUGUUUCGCUCAAGUUACCACUCCUCUCCCGGCAUAAUGGCCGGCCUUGUCAGCGCGAACAAACCAUCCCAAAGAAAACUUACUCGCCUGAAGUCAAGACAUGACCUCCUAACGACGACAGGAUUUCCCACCGGCCUGCGCCGGACGUCACACUGCUGCCGGUUUUUUUUGCGGCCCUUUGUCCCAGGUGAGGCGUCGUCUUAAUUUGUACGUGCUUUCCGUAACCUACUAUUGAAGACAGUAGUGUGUGCCCAGACGACUUCCUCCACUGUCCCUUUUCCCGUCCAUGCAUUUGAAAUAAACUACUCGUGUCACUAGUUCCAUUCGGCUCUUCUCUUCCGUUCCUCUCCUAGGCUACGCCCUGGUCGAGCCGCCGGGUGUCAUGUCUGAAAAAUCCGUCUUCGGCAUCAGACAGGAUGUUAACCCAGCCUCGCUGAAAACAUACACUGUAAGUUAUAUAAAUCACCCUGCCCCCCCCUCCCUCGCCCGCCAUUCGUCCUCCUAACUAUCUCCGUCUCCCCUCCCUGCCGUUCUUUUUUUCAGGAUGCCGUCAAGCUCUCUAGGACCGGGGUCUGCUCCGUCCCAUACGAGUCCUUCCUCACUUAUGUGCACACAGUCAGGGAGAAGGGUCGCCUGGGUUGUUGA